AUGUCUACAGCAUCUACCCAAUCCCGAGGCGUAAACCGACGGGUUAAUAGUAUCCAGAAUGAAGCUCGUCACUCGCGCAACGCCUCGUUAUCUCGCCGUCGUACGGUGAGCUCCUCAACUGCCUACUCCUACGCACUUCGUACUGCAUACCUUGCCCACCUUCUUCAUCCUCGUGCACGGCGUGUCCAAAAUGCGCCAGCUCCUCAACAACGGCCGAAGCGGGCUUCGACGUCGUUUCAGGAUUUGAUGAGCGAUUUUUCCUUGAUUCGGGACUCCAAAAGCUCCAGAUUCCCCCACGGCUUUAUAUCCGAGCUCGAGAAGCGGCUGACAGGGGUUUUGAUGGGGAAAGAGAAAAGAAAAGAAUAUCAAGAUCCCUUGGUUGUUCGGACCUUCGCUGCAUUUCUGAAUGCGCUAAAGGAUCAUUCAUUUAAGAAGCGGAUGGAGAAGGACCGACGCGCUGAAGAUCUCGUCCUCAUUUUUUAUUCAAACGCGACUAAGGAACUGAGCAAGGGCAAGGAGCCAGAUGAUGAUAGUUGGAGAUUUAUGGUGGAUAGGCACGUUGCUCUCUUUGUUCGUCUGUUUGCGCUUAUUCUCAAAAACAACGACUGGGCCAAGGAACGACCGGAGCUUGCAAAUCGAUUAGCGGUCCUAGAAUCCAAGCUUCUCUCCCAAGAUCAGGAUCUCGUGCAAGCCACAGGCCCGUCCACUGUUGAGGUUGUAGCCCCCUUGAGCUAUGACGUGAAGGAUAUGCCGCUUGUACAGCACGUUGCGAAGAUAUUUCACAUGGACCUCUCCCAGGUGCAAGCUGAUAUUGAUGGUCAUCGGGGGGUAUGGACCGAACAGGCAGCACUCCGAGACCUCAAGACCUAUCAAACGCACCUUAGUCUUAAAACCGGAAAAUCACUCUCCGCGGAUGAUUUUGAAGAUGAAGAGGCGUACGAGACUUGGAAAAGGAGCGAGGGGCCGGACCUAUCACAAAUGAUGCUCGCUAUCAUGCAAUCGAACCCUGGACUCGCCAAAAAUACCCCUGGGAGUGCUCUUCCUCAGUUCAACGCGAGUGCAGCUGACAAUGUCCAUGGAGAAACCAGCCCUGGAGGCUUAUCGCGAACGAGCACCGGGCGACCUAUAUCAUACGUGAUAGAUCAGCCCGUGGAUUUGAGCUCUUUAUCUCUGAAUUCCCUGAAUGAUGACUCGGAAGAAUCUGAUACCUACACAUUCAUACCUCCAGAUCCAAGGUCGGUGUAUGGCACCAUUCUAGCACAUGCUCUCAGCUACGACCUGAAAGACCGUGAUCUCGAAGCUACACAAGCCACAUCGGAUGUACCAUCUAUGAAGUUGUUUUCUAAGCAAUCAACGGAAAUGUUGAAUGAAAUUUGUCUACGCUGGAGAAUCCCGUCGUGCUCCAGGAUCGUUCUAUUUUUGGAUGUUGUGCGAUCAAAGUUUGUGGAUAAUGAGAUUGACCUCGACACUCUGGACUCGGCAUUUACAUUUGUCAAGGAAAUGCCAUCUUCAGAAGGCAAGACGCGCAACAGCUUUGUUUCGUCGGUGCUAUUUGACAGGCACAGAUGGACCGUGCAUGACAGGUUGCUGAUGCGCCAAAUACUUUCUUCCCUUCAUGAGGCCAUAUUGCGGGAACUGUAUGAUGUGAUGAUGGAUUGCUACGAGGCCAAACCUCGCCCAAUCGGGCCGGCGAUGUACGUUUUGGAGAAUCAUAUUCAGCUUGAUCCCGACUAUACCGAGGACACGAGCGAUAUAGACCGCUUCCGUUCGUAUGUCCAGGACGGCCUGUCACAGAAAGCUACCGAGAAAUAUCAAAGCAUUCUGGGCCAGGAGGUUCCCGUGGAACCCGAGGAGUGGGAAUUCGAGCAUGUCAUAAAUCUUUGCGAUGCUAUCACCAAACAUUCGGAGAAAAUUCGCAAACGCUAUCGAAAGAAUCCAGAGAUUAUGGGGGUCAACCCGCAUGAAAUAUUAUUGGCAAAUACUCUCGUGAUAUUUGCUGAGGAUAUUCAUCAACUGAUGGUCCGAAUCAUCGAACUGGAGAAGACUAGGGAAGAAGAACUCGACAUGAACGACGCGUUUGACCUUUACAAACAGUUAUCUGCUGUGCGCGAACUAUUUGCAAACGCACUUCCCGAUGCUUCAUUCCCAUUCCAUAUCGAAGAUGUAUUAGAAGACUUUGUCUGGAGAUGGAUACGCCUUACUGAGCAGAAGGUCAUGGAUUGGGUUGAACAAGCACUUCGACAAGACGCUUUCAGAGUCCAGGAUGGUGACACGGUUCAGGUGGCCGCCGAAAAUUCCAGGCAUAGCGUGUCCAUAAUCGAUAUAUUCCGCUCGUUCAACCAAGUCAUAGAGCAGAUGAUACAACUCAACUGGGCCGACGAGUUUCAGUACGCGAAGUUCAUGACCGCGUUAUCGAAAUCGAUCGGCGGAGCCGUGGCUAGAUACUGUGAAACGGUCGAAAAGAUGUUUGCAAGGGAAAUGGAUAGACUUUCCCCAGACCAGGAGGCAGCUUUGAACCAAACGGCGCAGGAAAAACUGAUGCAGUUCGCAAAAGACGCGUGGACCAACAAAGAGAAAAUCGAGCCAUUCCAAUUCUUCCCGGAGUCAUUGGUCAAACUAAACAACGUUGAAUAUGCUCUCAGUCAACUGGACAGGCUGGAGCGCGAGGUGAACGUUGACGGGUGCGCGGAAGCGAUUGCUCGGCAUAGCCCUCCACAACUUCAGAAAAUACGCAAGUCGACAACGUAUGUUUUCACGAUCAAAGUCGUGGAAGCAGAAGAUUUGAAGGCCUGUGAUAUGAAUGGAGGCAGUGACCCGUAUGUUGUUCUGGCCGACGAAUAUCAGAAGCGAAUUGCGAAAACACGUAUCAUCUACAACAACCUUAACCCACGGUGGGAUGACACUGUGGACAUCACGACUCAAGGACCUCUUAAUAUCAUUGCCACAAUCUGGGACUGGGAUGCAGUAGGUGAUCAUGACUAUGUCGGCCGUACAUCAAUCAAACUAGAUCCGGUACAUUUUAGCGAUUUUCUACCCAGGGAAUAUUGGCUAGACUUGGAUACACAAGGGCGGCUUUUACUCCGAGUUAGCAUGGAAGGUGAACGUGACGAUAUCCAAUUUUACUUUGGUAAAGCAUUCCGAACCUUGAAGCGAACAGAAAGAGACAUGACGCGGAAGAUUACGGAAAAGCUGACUGCAUAUAUUAACCAUUGCUUGUCUCGGCGGACUCUGAAAUCAUUGCUAUCGCGAGGACUCGGCUCGACGGUAUCGAACUUCUUGAAUCGAAACCGCGCUCAACAAUCUACUGUUGCACCUUCUAGUGUCGAUGUUGAGAAUGCACUGACACCCCUAUUUGAUUAUUUCAACGAUAACUUUGCAAUUAUGGAUAAGACACUCACGCCCGAAGCCAUGAGAAUGGUCAUGGCUCGCCUGUGGAAGGAAGUGCUAGCUACUAUUGAAAGUUUGCUCGUGCCGCCAUUAUCGGAUAAGCCAUCGCAUCAAAAACACCUUACAAUGCAGGAGGUUGAAAUUGUCUCGCGCUGGCUCGUGCUUCUACUAAACUUCUUCCACGCACCAGACGAAGAGACGGGGGAAGCUGCGGGCAUUUCCAUCGAUAUCUUGAAGUCGCCCAAAUAUCAUGAGAUUCAGAGUCUGAACUUUUUCUAUUUCGAACCUACGGACACUCUCAUACGUACCUCAGAGCGCAUGGCUUCCGCAACAAUAACCCGGCAGCAAGCGAACCGAAACCGGGCCUCUGCACCGCCUAACGUUGGUCUCGGAGGCCAUCCCAGUGUUCUCGGCGUCCCAGGUGGACGUCGUGCCAAGAGUGUCAUGGCCUCACGGAACUUGGGCACGAUGAAAAAGGCUAAAGCGGAGAAAUGGCGCGAGGCACAAGCUGAUCCCAACGAUGAUAUGAUUCUGCGGAUCCUUCGAAUGCGGCCGGAAGCAGCUGGAUACCUUCGUGACCGCAGUCGCCAGAAAGAAAGACUUGCAGCGGCAGCCGCCGCAGAUGCCAUUGUCAAGCAAAGCCUUAUGGCUGGUGCAGGAGGACGAAUGGCUGGUACGUUGGGACGUCGUGGAUUGUGA